AUGUUCCCCGGCUCCGAUGUCACCCGUGGUUGGACCUUUCUCGGCUCCAAUGUCCCCAAAGUUGGACGUUCUCCAGCUCUUGGUGGCCCCCCAGGUCGGACGUUCUCCAGCUCUUGGUGGCCCCAAAGUUGGAUGUUCCCCAGCUCUGAUGUCACUCGUGGUUGGACGUUUCUCGGCUCCGAUGUCCCCAAAGUCGGACGUUCUCCAGCUCUUGGUGUCCCCAAAGUUGGAGGGUCUCCGGCUCCGAUGUCACCUGUGGUCGGACAUUUCUUGGCUCCGGUGUCCCCAAAGUUGGACGUUCUCCAGCUCUUGGUGGCCCCCCAAGUUGAGAUGUUUCUCGGCUCCGGUGGCCCCAAAGUUGGACGUUCUCCAGGUCUUGGUGGCCCCAAAGUUGGAGGGUCUCUGGCUCCGAUGUCACCCGUGGUUGGACGUUUCUCGGCUCUGAAGUCCCCAAAGUUGGACGUUCUCCAGCUCUUGGUGUCACCCCGGGUUGAGAUGUCCCCCAGCUCUGGGGACCUCCUAGAUGGGACAUUCUUGGCUCCGGUGUCCCCAACGUCAGACAUUUCCCAACUCCGAUGUCCCCAAUGUUGGACGUUGCCCGGCUCUGGUGUCUCCCACGUUGGACGUCUCCCAGCUUCAACGUCCUCCAGGUGGGACGUUUGCUGCCGCCGCCGGUUUCGGUGUUGGCCAGAUUCAGGAUCUGCUGGUUUUGGUGUCCAACAGCUCCAACACCCGCAGAUCGGACACUUCCCGUCCCCGUCACCCCAUUCUCCAUCCAUCCAUCCCAUCUUCCCUCUCCAACGUCUGCCGGCUUCAAUGUCCCCCAGGUCAGACAUCUCCUGGUGCCAAAAACGGCCAGUUUUGGUGUCCACCAGCUCCAACAUCUCCUGGUUUUGUGUCAACCAGCACCAACAUCUGCCUGUUUUGGUGUCCACCAGCUCCAACACCCGCAGAUCGGCCACUUCCCAUCUCCACCAACCGUUGGCUUCAACGUCCUCUAGAUCAGCCAUCUUCCAGUGCCGAAAACUGCUGGUUUUGGUGUCCACCAGCUCCAACAUCUCCUGGUUUUGGUGUCCACCAGCUCCAACACCCGCAGAUCGGACAUGUCCCGUCUCCAUCAACCGUUGGCUUCAACGUCCUCCAGGUCAGCCAUCUUUCAGUGUGGAAAACUGCCGGUUUUGGUGUCCACCAGCUCCAACAUCUCCAGGUUUUGGUGUCCACCAGCUCCAACACCCGCAGGUCGGACAUGUCCCGUCUCCACCAACCGUUGGCUUCAAUGUCCUCCAGCUCAGCCAUCUUCCAGUGCCGAAAACUGCCAGUUUUGGUGUCCACCAGCUCCAACAUCUGCCGGUUUUGGUGUCCACCAGCUCCAACACCCGCAGGUCGGCCACUUCCCAUCUCCACCAACCGUUGGCUUCAAUGUCCUCCAGAUCAGCCAUCUUUCAGUGUGGAAAACUGCCGGUUUUGGUGUCCACCAGUUCCAACAUCUCCAGGUUUUGGUGUCCGCCAGCUCCAACACCCGCAGGUCGGCUGUUUCCCGUCUCCACCAACCGUUGGCUUCAAUGUCCUCCAGAUCAGCCAUCUUCCAGUGCCGAAAACUGCCAGUUUUGGUGUUCGCCAGCUCCAACAUCUGCCAGUUUUGGUGUCCACCAGCUCCAACACCCGCAGGUCGGCCAUUUCUCAUCUCCACCAACCGUUGGCUUCAACGUCCUCCAGAUCAGCCAUCUUCCAGUGUGGAAAACUGCCGGUUUUGGUGUCCGCCAGCUCCAACAUCUCCUGGUUUUGGUGUCCACCAGCUCCAACACCCACAGAUUGGCCAUUUUCUGUCUCUAUCAACCGUUGGCUUCAACGUCCUCCAGAUCAGGCAUCUUCCAGUGCUGA